CAAACAAAAGAGCAACAUCGUUCGCGUUGUGACGUCGUGCUGCGCAGCGUGGCUAUUUUCGUGCCUCUGAUAGGUAGCCGACAUUUUGUUUGGAUCUUGUGACGCAAGCUAAAACGGAAAGUUGGGAUAUGCCGUUGAAUGCGGUUGGCUGGACACCGGAAGAGGAGGAAAAGUUAGUGGAUUUAGUGCAACCUCAUAGUUUCUUGUACAAUGUGUAUGACCCGUCUCGUAAAAACAUAUUAGCGAGGGAAUGUACAUGGCAGGAAAUAGCGGGGCAACUGUCGAAGCCAGUUGAGGAAUGCAAAAAACGUUGGCGAGGCCUCCGAGAUGGAUACACUCGCAUCAAACGCUUAGGGACUAUGCACAGAACCAAAGUGUUCAUAUAUGAAAAACUGCAGUUCCUAGACGAAACGUUAGCUGAUAACAGUAUGGAAGACGGAGUUAAGAUGGAGGAGAGCGAGGGCAUCAAUCAGGAUGACUCCCUCGGCACUGAGCAGCAAGUUAUUAUUGACAACCAGGAGUGCUAUGAGAUCACAGUCGUGGACGGGCCUCAAGCACCACUGAAACCCUACAUAAAAGUUCUGACUAAAACCGAAGAGACAAGCGAACCACCUAAGAAAAUAUGCAGAAAGAACGCAGGCAGAAAGAAAACGAUACCGAUGCCGAAAAACGUGCCACCUAUAAAAAUAUUACCAAAACCUUUAGUAAUGAAUGGAGCGAAACUAGUACAGUAUAACCAGUAUGUCGAAGACCCAAAAGCACCUGAACAGCGGUCACAGACUAUCGACAAACUCAUAGAAAAAGUACUAAAAGAAAAUACUAACGAAAUCGACGUGUUCUUCCGAAGUAUGGCUGCUAGCGUCAAGAAACUACAACCUAAUUUGAUACCUAAAGUUAAGAUGGAAGUAUGCAAUGUCAUUGCCAAGUAUGAAAUGCAAAGUUUUGAUAAGAACCUGAAUUUUUAACUAACUUUUAUUGUAUAAUAUACAUAUUGAUAACAAUGUUCUAAAUCUAUUGGAUAUCUACUGCUAGAAGAUAGUUAAUGAACUGCAAUAUUAAGGUAUAGCUUAUAGAAGGUGGAGAUUUAUUGUAAGAAUGUGCUAACCGAAUUUUGAGAACUAUGACUUAGGUCACUAGUCACACACCCACCUGAAACAGCUAGAUUCAAUGGAGGUUGGCAUGUUAAAAUGGAAAUUAUUUACAGAAAUAAAACCUCAUUUAAAAUACUGGCUGUAUAUAUUUCUACAUUCAACCACCAUUUAAAAAAAAGCGAGUAAUUUUAAACUUGGAAUCUCCAUUAACUAGCGCCAUUUUGGCAACUUUUCUUGUAAUAAUUUUGUUCUCAUUUUACGCGAAAAUGAAAUAGAUAUUAUAUUAUUCACUUGUGAUAAAGACUUCUAGUGUAGAAUAUUACUUUUGACAUACUGAGUAUGAGAAUAUUAUAAUGUUUUAUUGAACAGAUACGGUAUUACUGAUCUUAUUAAAAAAAAUACUAUGUGUA